UAAGUAAUUUUUUUUUAAAAAAAAUUAUAUUUUGAAAUUUCACUUCUCUAAACCCUAAAUAACAACAUUCCCAUCUGUAUAUAAGACUAAAAUUCAUCAUCUCUACAACGAAGGCCGCAGCUGCUUACCAGAAAACCCUAGUUUUUCUCUUCCAUAAGUUAGGUGCAAAUCAGCAAUGGCGGUACCUCUGUUGACCAAAAAGGUAGUGAAGAAGAGGGUUAAACAGUUCAAAAGGCCUCAAUGUGACCGCAGAAUCACUGUCAAGCCAAGCUGGCGCCGACCAAAAGGUAUUGAUUCUAGAGUUAGAAGAAAGUUCAAGGGAUGUGUCUUGAUGCCCAACAUUGGAUACGGGUCCGACAAGAAGACCCGUCACUAUCUUCCCAAUGGAUUCAAGAAGUUUGUUGUGCACAAUGCAAGUGAGCUUGAGAUUCUGAUGAUGCACAACAGAACUUACUGUGCGGAGAUUGCACACAAUGUGUCCACAAAGAAGAGGAAAGAAAUUGUGGAGCGAGCAGCCCAACUUGAUGUGGUUAUAACUAACAAGCUCGCCAGGCUGCGCAGCCAGGAGGAUGAAUGAGUAUUUUGAGCUUGCGAAGAGAUUUUUGCCCUUUAGAAGAGAUCUAUAUAUUCAGUGUUUGAACUUUUUCCCUGUGUUUUGACUGCAAACCAGUUUUCUAUUUUCUUAUAUGUCGGUUUUGAACAACCCAAUUGGUUUCAAUUGUUUAAAUCAUCAGAUAUUGGUUUUCCUACAUCUUUUUUGUGACUUGCUGCAUUACUGCUGAUCUGCAGAUUAGGACAGAUGAUCUUAUAUUGUGCUAUACAAGUUCAUUUUUCGA